AUGGCAGAUCAAGAGCAUGAAUUGGAGCGAGUGAGCUCAGAGCUCGAAGACCUACGUGGAAACAUGGGUCAAGUCAUGGAAAUAUUACAGGUCAUCAGGGCAAAGUUAGACACCCAAACAACGGUUGUUUCAGAACUCGCCGGUCCAUCGAUUGAACUCCAACCUGCAAGAACGGUACCAACAACCGGGCCAACCUAUGGUUUACCUCCCGGUUUCACGCCUACAGUUGAAGGUGCCCCUGGUUUUGCACCAUCCGCUCAGCGGACGGCUCCUCUACCGACCAUCAAUGAAAAUCAUCCAGUGGUUCACACGUUCGCACCUCCUCUCGUUCGUGCACAUGUGCAACCCUACUUUAAGGAUCAACAACAUGCUCCAGACUUUUCAGAUGAAGAUGAGGAAAGGCAGGAAGACAUAAGAGGGAUGAAGGAGAAUUACCAGAUGCUUGAGAAAAGGUUGAGGGCUAUGGAAGGUGACCAAGUUUUUGGUGCUACUGCUAAAGAGAUGUGCUUAGUAUCAGGUCUUGUGAUUCCUGCGAAGUUCAAGACCCCAGAUUUCGAUAGGUAUGAGGGCCACUCGUGUGUAAGAGUCACCUUAUUAUGUACUAUCGAAAAAUGGUUGCGCAUGUAG